GGUUGAAGUGGAGAGGAACGGAAAUUAUUGAUGACGUGAAAACAUAGGACAUGAUGAGAACCACAUUUCACAACAUGUCCAUGAGAAACGCUGAUGUCAAGGGUUCAAAGAAAAUAAACACUUGGACAAUCAGGAUAAGAAAACUACGGGAGGCCAACCCGAGUCGCGACAAAUGGAGUAGAGUGCCUUCCUCCCUCCUGUCCUAUUUCUUCACACGUCGUCGCACCGCGCACACGUCUUCCUAUCCGUCUCGCAGCCCGAGUGACUCCUGCCGUCCCUGAAUAACUACUUCUGACUACCUUCGUCCACACGAGGAAAGACAUGGCAGCAGCACCUUUGUUUGCAGAAAUCGAACUGGUGACACGACCAGGGGCGCCCAUGACCGACUGCUUGGACUGGUUAUUCGAGCAUCACUUGUUGGCAUCUAGGAUGGAGUGUCUCCGGUGUGAUGGCCAUGUGGAGAUGGAGUAUGUGGAGCGAAGGGACGUAAGUGAUAACUUUACGUGGCGCUGUCCCAGGCAGAUGUGUCGUACAUCCCGCUCAGUUCGUACUGACUCUAUUUUCGCCGAAUUCCCCAAAAUUGACCUGCGAGUUUUCUUGCGAUUUAUUGUAAAGUGGGUGGAGGGGAAACUUGUGAAAGAUAUAGCCGAGGAACUUCUUUCCAUCGGCUAUGUCAGUAUGCACACAUUGUGCAAAAUGUGCCGGGUCCUAAGACAAGUUUGUGAAAAUAAACUUGUCAUCGAUCCCCCUAUUCCAAUGGGAGGUGAGAACACUGUACUGGUCAUGGACGAAUCAGUUUUUAGGAAAAAACCAAAAUAUCGACGUGGCCGCAGGGCGAGGCCGAUCUGGGUGUUCGGAAUCGUGAGGACGGACGUCCAGCCGUGUAUUGGCUACAUGGAGGUAGUGGAAUCCAGGGAUGCCAACACUUUGCUGCCAAUCAUUGAACGAUGUGUUCUACCGGGGUCCACCAUCUACUCCGACGAAUGGGCAGCAUACAGACGCGUUCAAGACCUGCCAAAUGUCGCCCAACACCGAACCGUCAAUCACAGCCGUCACUUUGUCGACCCUGUGACGGGGGUCCAUACACAACACAUCGAGUCAUAUUGGAACCGGAAAAAAAAGAAACUGAAAGCCAUGCAUGGAUGUAUGGGAGAGGACACUGCUAGCUACCUCAAAGAAGAAAUGUGGCGAGAGAGGUAUGCCAGAACAUCGCGGGAGGGGCUACAGAAUGUCCUAGCCGACAUUGCCCAACAAUACCAAGUUUAACGAACCACAAGUCUUUUAAAACCGGACGGGACAGUGUGAGACAUUGUGUGGAAAAAGAACACUGCCUUAAACAAGGCCAUAUGUCACCAUUGGUGGGGUGCCUCCUCGUUGGCGGUUGACGGUAAUGCGUUAUCUAACAUAAUCUAUAGUAUACAGUCCUGACAGGAUUACGUAUACAGGUUAUGUUUGAUGCGUAGCUAAAUCCCCACCACAAAUCCUGACACAUCACCCCAAAAACUCUUUCGGCGUGUGAAAUAAAAAUUCCAGUGCAAAAAAGAAACACUGAUAAAAGAAGCCUAAGAACACGCCAAAAAUAGCCCCAAAACCCAAACCUCUGCUUGGAGAGUACUCUAACCCUACCCGAGUGGAUGCCAGAGUACGUACGCUAACCCUGAGUUGGCACCCUGGCUCUAAUUACCUCCUCCCAACAGUGAAAGAUAUUAAGAGCAGUGUUUGGCACCCACGUAAGCCAGGCACCUAUGGUAAUAGCUCUGACACUGCUCACAGGGAAACACACACACAAAGAAAUUCGAGUAAAGAAUGACAUACGUUUACUCAAAGUACAUACUACACACUACGGUCGUUAUUAAUAUUCUUCGUUAUACCUGAAUGAAUAGUCUUGGUAACCCUAAACCCUGGGUGCCAGUAGCCUCUCCCAGGCUCCGGGACAUGGCUAGAAAGAGUAAAGAUACAGUCAAACGUAUCAAGGAGACCACCUCUUCAAGCUGGCCUCCUGGAAUGAAUGAAUGAAUGAAUGAAUGAAUGAAGACUUUUAUUGUACACAAAU